UAUAUACCAUCAUAAUAUAUCACGCCACCCUCCUGCUGGUCCAUGCUCCCAAAUAUGCUUGAUUGAACUUUAUUGCCUCUAUAUAAUUUCCCGGUAAGCAACAUACAGUCUAAAUAUACGUUCACCGCCCCACGGCUUGGUCAGUUUUUUGUUUCCACCGAAUAUACUCUACGACAUCUCCGCUAAUGAAACAACACGCGCAAACAGAAACGUAGAUAAAAGAUCAUUAUAUACGUGGUACAUGCGUGUAAUAUUCGCGCCAACCGCACCAGUGUAUUAAGCUGUGCCGAACCGCGAGCACACGUCGCGACAUUUUGAGAUUAUUCUCACAGUGACUGAACGAGAAUAACGUGUUUUAUAAUCUCAACAAAAUGGAGCACGUCACACAAUCUUUUACGGAUUUGCUUCAUAAAAUAGCCAAGGAACAAAAGUUUUUAGACUACAAUUUGGACAUCAAGGAAAUAUCGAGUGGAGGAGCAAAUUACACGUCCAAAUUGUUUGCAGUCAGCAUCACGGAGGGUUCUAACUUACUGCGGCUGUUCUGCAAAGUCGCAGCUAUCGGCGAGAAAAUGCGAGCCCAAAUGGCGAAGAUAUACGAAACAGAACAUUACUUUUACACUAGCCUCGGGAAAAUCAUCCAGAAUAUAGAAGACCAGUGCGGAGUACCGAACAAGGAUAAACUAAACAUCAGUAAGUACUACGGAAGUAACAUAAAGCUGAACGAAGAAGUGAUGGUGCUGGAGGAUCUCACGGCCUCCGGGUACGAACCCUACAAUAGGUUCAAGUCGAUAGACUGGCCGUACGCGCAGGCAGCGACCCGGGAGCUGGCCAAGUUCCACGCAUCUUCGUUCGCUUACGCUGAACAAGAUCCAGAAGGAUUUGCUGUAGUCAUGGAAAAGUUGAUGUUUGAUUUCAAAAUGGAGGACUCUGAUAUGAAAGUUUACAUGGGAAACAUGGUGGGCAAGGCUGUGGCAACAGUAGAAAAUGAGAACAAAACAAAACUACAGAAGUAUUUCGAAAAUUUAGACGUGAAGGAAUUUUCUGCAUCAUUCAAAAGGAGCAGCCGACUGACAGUUGGCCACGGGGACUUCCGACCUAGUAACUUAAUGCACAAGACUCUUGACGAUGGCACAGUGGACAUUAAGAUCGUGGACCUCCAGACGCUGCAGGGCGGCAGUCCAGUCACCGACCUGAUCUACUUCAUCUUCACUGGCUCCGAUGAGAAGUUCCGCGCGCAGUACUUCGACAAGCUGCUGGACCACUACUAUACAGAACUCAGUGCUGCCAUGAAGAGGCUGCAGCUCAACCCUGACGAGGUCUUCUCUCGGGCAGACUUCGACUAUGAAAUGAAAGAAAAGCUGCCAUUUGGCCUUACUCUUGCUGUAUUCACCCUGCCGGUCGUCACGGUGGAGAUGGAGAACGCCCCCCAGGUGGACGAGUCCCUCGACAUCUCCAAGUUCAACGUGGAGAAGACCAGCGACCUGUACGCGGAGAGACUGAACGGGGUCGUCAACGACUACGUCAAGUGGGGGAUCCUCAAAUAAUUCGUAUACAUGGCCUGAACUCUAUUAUCACAUGCCGUAGGGACCAAUUUUUAAUAAUUUUGUGAUUAAUAAGCUACCAAAUAUAUUUAACAAGAAUUUCUAAAUAACAUCACGGACCCCUAGUCAUAAGGUUCAUUUUAAAAGAUUCUUCUUUGUGUGUGAUGUCAGUAUUAUAAAAUGAAUUGACCAAUUAAUAUAAUGAAUGCUUUAGUGAAUUGUAAACAUGUGAUUGUAUUGAAUUAAGUAAUAUAAUUGUAUUUUACACUUUCUGUUUAGUUUAGCGUAAUGUGUUAUUAUUGAAUUCAAUGUUCUUUGUUCUGUCAAUUCCCAAUAUAAUGUAAUGUUAAUAGAUUUGACUGGGUGUAGGUAUUAUAAGAUCUUCAACGUUCGCGCAGAUUCUGUUGUGCAACUACUGUGUUAUUGUAGUGUUGUCCUAGUGUUGCUUUAUUUUUAUUGAAGCACAACAGAAUCUGGCGCGAAUUAUACAUAAUAUAUUAUUUAAUUUUAAUUAUUUUUCUGUACAGGGUCUUAUAAAUAAAAUAAUUGUUUUUUUUUAUUAUAA